AGAUACAUCACUUGGGAUGAUUGAAUAAACGCAAUGGAUCCCAAAUUGGUAGAACAAGCUCUGUACUAUCAUGGUCUAGAUCUACUCAACAGCUUGAGGAGGGAACAGCAAGAGAUACCGCCCUCUCCAGUGCUGUCAAAUAUAGAAAACAGGCAUACGAGAGAGCUGGAAAUCAAGGAUCCUGAAUUUCAGAAGAAGCUAAUCUCAUUUAUAGCCAGAAAAUCAGAUUUAAUAUUUGACACUACUAAUAGAAAAGAAAAAGUUCUUGACAAGAAUGAAGAAAUUGAUGACUCGUAUGCCAUUAUGCCUGCCAUGGAGGUUUAUAUGGAGGUCCCUUCACUGUUACGUCGUCAACACUUUUUUAGUAGCAUCAAGGCAUUAGACUGUGUUACAGGAGUGGUCACUGACAUAGUUGACUCUGGACUCCGCAUCCAGUUGCUCUGUGUUGACAGAGGCAGAGCCAGAGACAUUGAAGAUCUGGAAAUAAUUGCAUUCUGCUCUGUGAAAGAUCUGCCCAAGCUGUAUGCCAACGAGAGUGCGCUAGAAGCUUUCCAAACUAAAGAUAUUGUGAGAGGUAUUGUGGUGGCUGUUGAUGUCGAAUAUGAAAAAAUAACAUUGUCACUACACGAAAAAUCAAUACCCGAUAAAAACUUGUACCCAAGAAUUGGUCUAAUAACGGAGGAUGAUUUUCCAGUUUACUUCAGACGCAAAGCUCAAAUUCAGGGCAUGUCUUAUGAAGAAAUGAUGCAAUCUAUUCUUGGAUUCACAAAUCAAGGCAAUGUUCAAACUUUAUUGCAUCAGCUUGGGGUGCAGGAGCAGACGUCAUUGUUUCGAUGCCCGGCCAGAUUAAAAAUUCCGGAAAAGGAAUAUGCAGAAGGUUUGAGAAAGUGGCAAACUCAAAAGUUGGCUCAUCAGAGUUUAGUUCAAGGAGUAGAUAUGUUCAAACAAGGGAAAUACAUGGAGGCCAUGCAACACCUCAACAGAGCACUUCAGAUUGACAAGGAGAACGUGGAGGCCCUAGUGGCUCGUGGAGCAUUAUAUGCCAACAAUGAAAACUUUGCACAUGCCAUCAAGGACUUUAAAGAGGCCCUGGGGAUCAACCCAAAGCACAGUAAUGCUAAACAUUACCUGGUUGAGACUUUGCUGACAGCUGGGAAAAUCGUGGAAGAUAAACGAGACCUGGACGAAGCUUGUGACUACUACUCACAGGCAGUCAAGGCCGACCCUGACCACAAAGAGGCCAAGGAUAUGUUAAUGGGGUGUCAGAAGUUAAUGGUGUUUCAGUCCAUCAGUAGUGAGAGUUCCAAGACCAAGGAACCAGAAACCUCAGUCUUAACUAAAACUGCAGAGAAACUAAAACAGCUGAUUCAUGAGGAUGAGAAAGAGAAGCCAAGGUCAAGAUCUAAAAAGAAAAAAAAGAAUGCACGGAAAAGCGCCUCCGACUCUCCUGAGAAAAAGAAGCGUAAAAGAAAGAGAAGCACCAGCAGCAGUGACAGCAGCAGCAGCGGUUCAGAGUCGUCUGUGGACACAAAGAAAAAGAAAAAGAGGCGCAAAAAGUUGAGAAAAAGUUCCACCUCGUCAAUUCAGUCGCCAAAACUUUUAGGACGAACUCGGUCUCCUGUCACUAAGGUUCCACCACCCAAAGGCCUAGAAGAUGAGGAAACCUUUAGCAGGAUUAUUCAAAGUGGCAGCACAAGCUCCUACCUGCCAGUUACUUCAAAGGAGUAUUUCAGUUCCUCCACUGCCAUACCUGGCCUCAGCAGUCCAUCUCCCGACGUGAGCAAACCCACUGGCCGCACAGAAAUGGCCAUAGCAGAGAGGCCCACCAGGCGGGAAGAAGAACCACCAGGGGGGAAAGAGCUGACCACGAAAAGACUCCCUGAGGAUAGCGUGAGGAGGCGAGAUGAGCUGCUGAUGGCCGAGAGGGAAAGGUUUUAUAAGGAUAACAAAGACAGAUACAGAAGGUUUCGUCCUUACUCCCGAUCUAGUUCUGCCUCUGUGUCUUCAAGAGAUUCACGCUCCCCUAGAGGCAGCAGAAAAGUUAAGCGAAGAACAUUGAGCAGAUCCACCAGCCGCAGUAGGUCUUUGGAUAGAAGCUGGUCUCGGGAAAGAGGCAGACGUCGGCCCAGCGCUAGGAGCACAUCCUUAAACCGGAGCAGCCCACGCAGAAGUAGACUUAGCUCCAGCAGAAGCAGGUCUAGGGGCAGACAUAUCAAUCGUAGAAGAAGUAGGUCGUUCAGCAGCAGCGGUAGCAGCCGCAGCAGAUCACGUGACAAAAGUAAAAAUGUCUUGAACAUCAAAAUGAAGUCUCCAUCUCCGAUAACAGGCAUUAAAGAGCUUGACAUGUAUCUUGGGGGAUCCAAGCAAUAUUUAAAAAGUGUGAAACAAAAGCUUAGCUUAUUAGAUUCUUUUUUACCAUCAAACACCUCAGCAGCCAAGUAUACUAGCUCUAAAUCUCCUCCUAGUAGAUCUGCAGCCAUAUAUGCCAGCUCUAGAUCUCCUCCAGCUAGAUCAGCGACCAUGUAUACCAGCUCUAGAUCCCCUCCAAACAGAUCAACAGCCAAAUAUAGAAGUUCUAAAUCACCCCCUACCCCUAGGUCUCUUGAGGCUCAAGCAUAUGUGUCGAAAUCAAACCUAGAAAAAAGAUCUCCAAGAACCCAGAGAAGAUCAAGAUCAAAAUCCUGGUCAAGGGAAAGUCCAACGAGAAGGAGGAGUGACAUAAAAAAUAGCCAUGACCAAUCCCCGAGACGCAGCCGUGGACUAUCACCAAAACUACGCCAUGACCUGUCUCCCAAACGAAGCCAUGAUCUAUCUCCCAGACGCAGCCGUGGGCUAUCUCCCAAACGUGGGGUUAAAAACAGUGAUGUGUCUACCAUGCAUGAUAUCAGAAGCCACGGUCUGUUUCCCAAACUUGACGACAAAAUCAGCCGUGGGCUUUCUCCGAAACAAAAUCCAAUUAGGUUGUCUCCCAAGAUGAGAAAACAAGAACUUCUGGGUAAACUGACAGAUAAAACUUCCCCUGUACGGCCUGACCUUGUCAAUCCAGUUAGAAAAAGUAGCCCUAUUAAGAAAAGCAUUGCAGAAGUACAGCCUUUUAAUGCAACCAUCACAGUUUCUGGAUUCGGGAAGUUUGGUCCAAAAGACGCCAAUCAGUUUGAUGCCAUUGGCAAACAAACAGCCAUUAAAAGAGAUGACGCUGGUAGUACGAAGGCAAUGGAAGAUGCACCUGCUGCCACUAUGCCGAGUCAAAACUCUAAGACUGAGGCAAAAGACUCAACAACAGUUCUCAAAAUUACUGCCAGGACCAAAGUCAACCCAUCUUCUAAUGUUCUUUCACCUUCGUCUGAUGUUGAACCAGAAGCCAGACAUAAUAAAAAGCUUGCUUCCAAUGAGUCUACUGAGGUUCCAUCAAAGUCUGGCCGUCCUGAAGAAGCACAUCCAGGCCAGACUGUGGAGGGUCUUAGUAAGAUAAUAAAAGAGGAAAUCAUUGAAAGUCAGGAUAUCAAAGUAGAUCAGAUGAAGCCUUGGCCCAAAGAGGUUGAUUUGGAGAAGGAGAUAGAGAGAAGAGUCCAAGAGAGACUCCGGCAAGAGGAGGAAAAACUCAGGAUUGAAAGGAACGAGAGGAUCUUAAAGAGGAAGUUUGACGAGGAUGCAGGAGGAGGUCCCUCCAGGAGGUACAGCGAGGCAACCAAUGACAAAUACCCGAACAAAUUGUACUCCGACAGAAUGGAUUACCAAAACAAAUACAACCCCAAUCAAGGAAAAGGCUUCACACCCCGUGGCACGUUUAGGGAAAGAUUUUGGAGGGGGCAUAAUCAGAGGGGUAGGUUCUACAACUCUUAUUCUCAGGGGGAACCAGCAUCUUCCUCUAGAGAUCAGAAAAGAUAUAGGUCUCGUUCUUCAUCAAGGGAACGCAAGAGAUAUAUGUCUCGUUCUUCAUCAAGGGAACGCAAGAGACAUAUGUCUCGUUCUUCUUCAAGGGAACGCAAGAGACAUAGAUCUCGAUCCUCAUCUAAGGAGCGCAAAAGAUACAGGUCAGGAUCUUCAGAAAAAGAAAGCAGAGUAAGGUCCAGGUCAAGGUCCAAAGAGAGUCGGAGAAAAAGGUCAACAUCAAAAGAUUUGAAGUCUGGGUCCGAAAGAAAGACAAAAUCCCAAGAGAACUCCAUCUCUAAAAAUAGAUUUGAUCGCAAAGAGCCCUCAAGGGAUGAUUCAGCUUCUCGAAAUACAUCAAAGGAGUCCCUAAUGAAAGAUAAGUCCCCAGCUGAACCACCUGUUACUUCCCCUUUGAGGGCCCAACCUAGGCCUCUUUCUCCCUCUGCCAACCCAGAUGUCCAGGCUCCGCAUUCCAAAUGGGAAAUGGCAGAUAAAGACACCUCGGCGGAGAAAGAGGAGGACAGUAAAAAAGCGGAAAGCCUGACAGAGUUGGAGAAAUUCCUGAUUGACCUGAAGCACCAGAAGAAGAAACAGUGGAUAGCAGAAGGGAAACUGAAAGAGAAAGAAUAGACGGUGUUGGUUGAAGGUUAGGCUGAUCAUUCAGGACAGAAUUGUAUGCUAUUGACUGAACAAGAAAAAUAUAGUUUAAAUACCAGUGCAUAGCGUUUUCAAGAUUUCUUGUGUUGUCACACCCAGGUGACCUGAUAGUGGGACUUCCUAUGUACAUAGGGCCAUCUUCUGAUUUCAUUGCAUUGUCAUGUUUUUUUUUUUUUAAAUUUAUCUCAGUUGAGAGCUACCAAGUAACAACAUGAAGCCUUAGCAUGGCGUCACAGAAUAUUACAUUGUCAUGUCUUUUUUUUUUCUUUUUUCAUAGUCUGUUUAUAAUAAUAAUAAGGCUUGUUUUCGAGUCCGAAGAUUAAUGAGGUUUGCAGUAUUUCCCACGGCUACGCAGCCCCAGCCGUGACCUACAUAUUUUGCCACAUCCAGGGCAAGCAUAACCAUUGUCCGCCGGUGGGAUAUGCUAAGAGAGACGAUUGUUAACUGGCCUGUGGUUUGCUAGAAUCUGUCCCAGCUGUAAUUGUAUUAAAGAUGUUCCAUAUAUCUCAUUGAAUGUCCUGGAUCAAAGAUUUAUCCAUCUGUUUGUCUAACUUGGUUGUAGAUUAUUAAUGGUCAAGGACUUGUUAAUCAUCCUGGAACUUGCGUUUUGUUGUCUUUUUUUAUAUUUUAUUUUGUAGUUCUAAUAAUGAACUUGUAAAAUGGUGUUUGUCCAGAUUGCAAUGAAAACGGUUUAUUGCCUGCAUGUUGUAUUUAAUUGUUUUUAAUCUCACUAAGUGAACUGUACUGAAAGUUUCAGACCCCCCCCCCCCCCCCCAAAAAAAAAUUAAUUCAAAUUAAAGCUGGCAGAGUUUCUCUCCCUUUCACGCCUUGUUUUACAUGUGAUUAAGUUUGUGGAAUGAAUCAGGUAUCUAGUAAAUGAAAUGGAUGUGUGGUUGCUAAAUAGUAGAUAACUCAGCUAAACCAAAAGUUCAGUUUCGGGACAUGUCCCUCUUGGACUGGCUAUUUGCUGAUACUCUGUCCCCUAGACCAUUUGUUUGCCGUCAUGAAACUUCAAAUUGUUAAAGCCCUUUUGUUGUUUGUUUUUCUUGUUUUGAAUCCAUUGAUUUAAAAAUGAAUGUCUAUAGUGUUGAACUCAAAAUAAACUGUAUGAUUCAA